UAACAAUCAAAUUAUUUUCACACCAAUGACAAGUCAAUUCUAAUAAUUGACUUGUCAUUGCUCUGAAAACGUAACUUUUACUGUCGAGUGAGAUAGUAAACUCUAAUUAAAUGUUAGUAUUAUAAAAUGAUUAUAAGUUAAAUGGAAUCGGCACAAAAUCUUCUUGGAUCGGCCUGGCCAUAUGUAAUCUGUGGUCACGAUUGACAUCCAUUGUUGACAUCAGACAUCGUCAGUUUGACAUAUUUUGUAAAUGCAUAUUUAUAUUUCACAAUUUACUAAAUAUUAUGCACUUUAUAUUAUUUCUAUAGUGAUCUGAUAAAGAUUUACUGUCAUCGUUUCGCUGGAUAUUGUCAUUUUGUAUCUUUAGUUAACGUAUAGGUUUUUGUAAGAUAAGAUGGUAUUAGUGAAUUUUGUGAAAAGAAUAUAUACAAUUUUAUUAUAGACUAAGUAUUGGCGGUGAAUGUUGUGAGUUGAGGUGUAACGAGUGGAGGACUGGUCACUGAGUCACAAGCAGCCGGCGCGCUCGGCCGAGAUGGAGGGCCAAGGCGACAGUGAUCGGGAACGAGCGCUGCUGGGAGUGGAGAACAGCGCGGCGGAGGGUGACGGUGACGGCGACAGCGAGCGCGGCCGGUACAGUGUGUUGGUGCGUUGCGCGUCGCAGUCGUCGCUGGACGAGUCGUCGCAGCGGCCGGCGGGCGGCGAGGGCGCCCCCUCGGCCGCGCACCACGCCGGCAAGCUGCUCGAGGCGCUCGCGCGGCUGCGCGCGGCGGGCGCGCUGUGCGACGUGCGGCUGCAGGGCGCGGGGCACGGCGCGGGGCACGGCUCGGCGCUCGGCGCGGCGGAGGGCGCGGCGCAGGACGAUGAGCGCGCCGACUGUUCCGUGCCCGCGCACCGCGCCGUGCUGGCGGCCGCGUCGCCGUACUUCCACGCCAUGUUCACGCAGUUCGACGAGCGCACGCGACCGCUCAUCACUAUACAGAACGUGGAGCCGGCGGCUCUGGAGGCGAUCAUCGAGUACAUGUACACGCCGGAGUCGCUCGUCAUCACCGAGGACAACGUGCAGGCGCUGCUGUCGGGCGCCUCGCUCGUGCAGGUCGGCGGCGUGCGCGACGCCUGCUGCGCCUUCCUCGCGCGCGCGCUCUGCGCCGACAACGCGCUCGGCAUCCGCGCCUUCGCCGAGCUCCACGCCUGCGCACACCUCGCCGCCGCCGCCGCGCGGUACAUCGACGCGCACUUCCUGCACGUGCUCGACACCGAGGAGUUCCUCGCGCUCGCGCCCGACACGCUCGCGCACCUGCUCGACAGCGACCGCAUCACGGUGCCGAACGAGGAAGUCAUUCUGGACGCCGUCAUCAGGUGGAUGCGGCACGAGCCGGAGACGCGGCAGCAGCACCUGGGCGCGCUGCUGGAGCACGUGCGGCUGCCGCUGCUGGCGCAGGACGCGCUGGUGGCGCGCGCGGCCGCCGAGCCGCUCGCCAGCGCCGGCCUGCGCGUCAAGGACCUGGUCAUCGAGGCGCUGUCCUUCCACCUCAUGCGGCCCGAGCGCCGCGCCCUCGCCGCCGCCUCGUGCCCCCGCGCGCGCCCGCGUCACCCGCCCGCCUCGCCCAAGAUGCUGCUGGUGGUCGGCGGCCAGGCGCCGAAAGCGAUUCGUGAUGUGGAAGCAUACCACAUGGAGUGCGGACGCUGGCGGCCGUGCGCGGAGCUGCUCACGCGGCGGUGUCGCGCCGGGCUAGCUGUCGUACACGGGAAGGUGUAUGCCGUCGGCGGGUUCAAUGGCACCUUGCGCGUCCGCACCGUAGACGUGUACGACAUCGCGACUGACACGUGGGCGACUGGUCCGGCGCUGUGUGCGCGCCGCUCCACACUGGGCGUCGCCGUCAUCGGCAGCGUCGUGUAUGCGGUAGGAGGGUUCGACGGUGCCACAGGACUCAGCUCUGCGGAGGCAAUGGACACGCGCGAAGGCGUAUGGCGGCCGAUCGCGUGCAUGUCGACGCGGCGCUCCUCGGUGGGCGUGGCGGUGCUCGGCGGUAAGCUGUACGCGGUCGGCGGAUACGACGGCGCGUCACGACAGUGCCUGCACACGGUGGAGCGGUACGACCCGGUGGCGGACGCGUGGGAGCCGGUGGCGGAGAUGUCGGCGCGGCGCUCCGGUUGCGGAGUGGGCGUGGCGGACGGCGCGCUGUACGCGGUGGGCGGCCACGACGGGCCGGCCGUGCGCCGCUCCGUGGAGCGCUACCGGCCCGAGCGCGGCUGGGCGCCCGCGCCGCCCAUGCACACCGCACGCCGCAACGCCGCCGUCGCGCACCACGCCGGCAAGCUCUACGUGGUCGGAGGCGACGACGGCGCCGCCAACCUCAACACCGUCGAGGUGUUUGACCCGGCCACCGACUCGUGGACGCUGCUCCCGGCGGCGAUGUCCGUCGGCCGCUCGUACGCGGGUGUAGCGAUAGUGGAACGGGCGGCGUGAUGGCGCGCCCCGGCGUCGCCUCCGCCGCCGCCCCGCCCGCCAUCUGCGCCCGCGCCGCAUCAUCCGCGCCCCCACCCUGCGCUGCAACGCCAUGUGCGUUUGCACAUGCUCGCCGAGCCAGGAUAUGCGAAUGUAGGCGUAUAUGCGGGAGGGGCGAGCGCGGGCGGCGUCGGUGUGGGAGUCGGCGUCGGUGUCGGCGUCGGUGUCGGCGUCGGCGGCGGCGUGGCGGCGGCCGGGGC